UUCCUAUCUUUCUAUAUGCUUCUAUACACGCCUAUCUGAGGUGGCGACGGCGGCUGUAAAUUGCCAUUUUUAUGUUACAUGUAAAAUUUAUAAAAACAGCUUAAAAAUGCAUAGUUAAAAGUGUAAUUUGUCCAACAUCAUGGGCAAAUUGCUUUCUAAAAUUUUUGGUAAUAAAGAGAUGAGAAUCUUAAUGCUAGGACUUGAUGCAGCCGGAAAAACUACAAUUUUAUAUAAAUUGAAAUUAGGACAGUCGGUUACAACUAUCCCAACAGUUGGAUUUAACGUAGAAACAGUGACUUAUAAAAAUGUUAAGUUCAAUGUGUGGGAUGUGGGGGGACAAGAUAAAAUUCGACCCCUGUGGCGCCAUUAUUACACAGGAACGCAAGGUUUAAUAUUUGUAGUGGAUUGUGCCGAUCGUGAUCGUAUAGACGAAGCUAGACAGGAAUUACAUCGAAUCAUAAAUGACCGAGAAAUGCGAGAUGCCAUCAUUCUUAUAUUUGCCAAUAAGCAAGACCUUCCAGAAGCCAUGAAACCCCACGAAAUACAGGAGAAAUUAGGCCUUACUCGUAUACGUGAUCGUAAUUGGUAUGUUCAACCAGCAUGUGCUACUACUGGGGAUGGUUUGUAUGAAGGUCUUACAUGGUUAACCAGCAAUCAUAAAUUAUAGCAUCAGCACAAACAUGUUUCUUAGUUCAUGACUGCAAAAAGAAUCAGUUGUAAUUUUAUUAGGAUAUGUUUUGUAAAUAAACUUAAUCAUAAUGCAUUCAUUUAUGCAAUUGUCUCAUAGUGUAAAAUAUGAUGCAUUUAAAAGUGAAAAUCUUAUGGUACCUUAACAAAAGUUACUAUAUUUAUAGCUCUUUUAUAAUAGGUGUAAUGAAUUAAUGAUGAAAAUUUCUCUUUGUGCAAAAUUAGAAUUAGCAGUGGUUACGAUAUAAUUUAUUUUUUGUUGUGUUGAUACAAUUGUUUUUAUUUUUAAUCUGCAAAAGAAAUGCUGGUAGAUAUACAUAAUUAUAAAAGGUAUUUAUUGCGA